AUGGGGGGGCUCCCGGGCUGCGAGAGGAGGCACAAAGCCGCCUUCCAGGGACCCGCGGAAGCGUCUGCAAAGGGCACAACAAAAACCCAGCGAGCAGCGAGGUCCCCUCAGGCCACCGGCAACCCGGGAGCCGACAGCGCCCGGAACCGAGGGACCGCAGCGCCCCGGGCAAGGCACGAAGCUUUUUGUUUCCUGCCGCGACCCCUCGGCCGUGCCCAGGCUGACAGCCGUGGCCCCCGCCCGCUCCAGACCCCGCCCACCGCCUCAUCCAUAUUCAGGCGGCGGGGCGGGGCCCGCCCCCGAGUCUCUCCAUUAUUCAUGAGCUUUCGCGCGCUUUUGCUGACCACGUGGGUGGGUUUCGCGCGGGAUCCGGCGGGGCGGGAAGAGGCGGCGGUGAUGGCGGACUCCUCCGAGGCACAGGCAGCAGCCACCAGUCCCGUCCGCAGCUCACGACGUGGCGAUGCCUUCACAUCCAGCCCCGGGCGGGACCUGCCCCCCUUCGAGGAUGAGUCUGAAGGGCUCCUGGGGACCGAGGGGCUCCCCGAUGAGGAGGAGGAGGAAGGAGAAGAGCUCAUUGGGGAAGGGAUGGAAAGGGACUACCGCCCCAUCCCCGAGCUGGACGUGUAUGAAGCUGAGGGCCUGGCCCUGGACGAUGAAGAUGUGGAGGAGCUGACGGCCAGCCAGCGGGAAGCUGCGGAGCGAGAAAUGAGGCAGCGAGACCGCGAGCUGCAGCAGGGCAUGGGCCGCAUGAGGAGAGGGCUGCUCUACGACAGUGACGACGAAGACGAAGAGCGUCCUUCGCGGAAGAGGAGGCUGGCAGAACGGGCUGCCGAUGGCAUGGAAGAGGAGGAUGAAGACAUGAUUGAGAGCAUUGAGAAUCUGGAAGAUAUGAAGGGGCAUUCGGUGAGGGAGUGGGUUUCCAUGGCAGCUCCCCGGCUUGAGAUCUACAACCGCUUCAAGAACUUCUUGAAGACCCAUGUGGAUGACCAUGGGCACAACGUCUUCAAGGAGAGGAUCAGCGACAUGUGCAAAGAGAACAGAGAGAGUCUGGUGGUGAACUACGAGGAUCUGGCAGCCCAGGAACAUGUCCUUGCCUACUUUCUGCCUGAGGCCCCAGCAGAAAUGCUGAAGAUCUUUGAUGAGGCUGCCAAGGAAGUGGUGUUGGCCAUGUACCCCAAAUAUGAUCGCAUUGCUCAGGAGAUCCAUGUCCGUAUCUCCUACCUCCCUCUGGUGGAAGAGCUGCGGUCACUCAGGCAACUGCACUUGAAUCAGCUGAUCCGGACCAGCGGAGUGGUGACGAGCUGCACAGGGGUCCUGCCUCAGCUCAGCAUGGUCAAAUACAACUGCAGCAAGUGCAGCUUCAUCCUGGGACCCUUCUUCCAGUCCCAGAACCAGGAGGUGAAACCUGGUUCUUGUCCAGAGUGUCAGUCUCUGGGCCCCUUUGAAAUCAACAUGGAAGAGACAGUCUAUCAGAACUAUCAGCGCAUUAAAAUCCAGGAGAGCCCUGGGAAGGUGGCUGCUGGCAGGCUGCCCCGCUCCAAGGAUGCUAUUCUCCUCGCCGACCUGGUCGACAGCUGCAAGCCAGGGGAUGAGAUUGUGAUUAAAACGUUGAGCAGGGAGCCUGCUCCAGCCUGUGCAGAGCCUCCUCAGAGGUCCAGGAGCAGCUCCCUGCAGCUUUGUGAAGUGGGUCCUGGGCCAGAAUCCACCUGUCUCGCCCCAUGUCUUUUAUCCUUCGGUAAGGAGUUGCCUCCUCCUCUCCCCCCGCAGGCAACCGGCAGCAUCCCCAUCACGGUGCGACACAUCGAGUCCAUGAUCCGCAUGGCCGAGGCUCACGCCCGCAUGCACCUGCGGGACUACGUGGUGGAAGAUGACGUCAACAUGGCCAUCAGGGUGAUGCUGGAGAGCUUCGUCGACACGCAGAAGUUCAGCGUGAUGCGGAGCAUGCGCAAGACGUUCUCCCGGUACCUCUCAUUCAAGAGAGACAACAACGAGCUGCUGCUGUUCAUCCUGAAGCAGCUGGUGGCAGAGCAGGUGAUGUACCAGCGGAACCGCUACGGGGCCCAGCAGGACGCCAUAGAAGUCCCAGAGAAGGACCUGGUGGAUAAGGCCCGGCAGAUCAACAUCCACAACCUCUCUGCCUUCUACGACAGCGAAGUGUUCAGGAUGAACAGGUUCAGCCGGGAUGUGAAGCGGAAGCUGAUUCUCCAGCAGUUCUGAGGCUGCAGCAGCGUUUGUGAGACGAGACCUUCCCCUGCAGCCCUUCCAGGGGCACCGCGGAGAUCGUGAUCCAGAGGGACUAAGCUGCACAUUCUCUUGCUCACUUUGUGCCUUAUGGAUUGAGGGAAUGCUGAGCUGCUGAAGACCUUGUAAAUAGAACAGAAUUAAUUAGCUAAAUGCCCAGCCAAGUCCAUUUAGCAGCUUUGUUCACUGUUUUGCCUUGUGGGUUAAGCACAACAGGGGGAGGUCUGCUGGCCACAUAGAUGUUUGCUGUUUGUCGCUAGUUGUUAGGGGCUCAUCUGCAGCAGGGACCAAGUGGGAGCAUUGGAAAGGCAUUUGCCUUAUCCACGCCCCUUGGACUGUAAGCACCCUCAGAGAUUCUCUUUCCCCAUCUCUGGCGACUGGGUGAUAACUGAGACUGCUUUCAACUCGCCAUGACCCAGGCAGCCUCAGCCCCGGGCCUUUGUGCCUGACACUUGACAUUUCCUCAGGUGCCCACGGGGGUUGACCUUGUGCUUGGUUUCUGCAAGGGAGGGAGGGCUGCAGAGGAAGAUGAGAACUGAAAUAAAGCAUAACUAUUUCUAAUAUUAGUGAUGAUCUUUAUGGGCAGUAAAAGCUCCUUCAGUACAUUCUGGGCAGUGUCUAGAAGCCUUAGGGAAGGGGCUUCCCCUGCCUUGCUGGGUGUAAAGGGGCAGCGGAUGCGAGUUUGUGGCUGGGUCAAAGUGCUCUCGUCCCAUUUGUUGAGGGUGAAGUACCCAUGGUGCUGGUUUGGAGAGCAGCAGUGGAGGAGCCCUGAGCUGGAGGUGCUCAGGGGAGACAGGAUGGACUCAGUGCUUACAUGCCAUUUUACUGCGUGCAUUUUAAAUACAUG